ACAGAGUGAAGAGAUUUAAGAUUAUUUAUCUCUGGUUUAAUGCACAAAAUUUGAACUGAUAAUUUGAUAAACUGACAAUUAUUUCAGAUAAUAAGUUGAUAAAUCCCUGUGGAAUGCGUUGAUAUAUUUUCUUGGCAGUGGACAACGUAUAUAAUAGUGCAACAUCUGAAUAUUUUCAUUGUGAGUUGAAGAUGGAUUUCUAUAUGGUUGCAACAUUGAUAGUAAUUAUAUCGUCAGUGGAUAGCAGCAGGACCAGUAAGACUGGAGGAAAUGGUGAUGGAUUACUUAAACAAUCAGUGCAGAAGGUGCCUACUGACCAAUGUUCCCCACUUGGAUUACUGCAGGAAAAAUACAGAGAUCUGCACGAGUUUAGCAGCUCAUUUGCUGAGAUGGUCGCUGGUCUGCAAAAAGUAAAUACCAGUUCUUCAGGUGACGUCAUCAUGUUUGUUGGCAACACUGGCGUGGGAAAAAGCACUCUCGUAUAUUUACUUGCUGGUCACACUGACCAAUUCACAGCUGUCGAGAAUAUCCCGGACUCGAACAAUUUUUACAUCUUGGACACAACAGGAAAACGAGUAUCAAAUAUCACAACUGAGUCAAAAACUACUUAUCCUGAAGCAGUUCUGGAUGUGAAGUCCGGGGUGAUUUUUUCGAUACACCUGGUUUCAGGGAUACUCGCAGUGCCAUUCAUGAAGUAAUUACUGCUUAUGGUUUGCAAGCUGUUGCCAAAUCUUCGAAACGUAUAAAAUUUGCUGUGCUGGUCAACUAUGACUCACUAAUUGUUGGUGGAUCUCGUGAUGAUUUCCUCAACACACUUCAGAGUUUUCACAGUCUACUGAAAAAUCCCAACAAGUACAGGAACUCUACAUAUCUGGUGGCUACCAAGGUCAAGAAUGACAUUAUUUUUCGAAACCGAGAAUAUAGGCCUGUAUCUUAUGAAACAUAUGUCAGUGGUAUAGUUAAUUUUUUGGAAGGUGUAGGCGAAUCACUGAGAAAUCAACAGAAUAGAACUGGUGGCUAUUUUGACAAACAGCUCCUAUCAUUUUCUCAAUACUUCAUUGGAGACUUGCUUGCUAGUAGGAAGAAAAUUUCAUUGUUGAAGAAGCCUGAUCAAGAGGGGCCUGUGAUGAAGUCAGAAUCUGUCCAAAAAUCUAUUGAGAAGAUCAGACAAUCCUUAUUAGCCACUGAUGGUUAUGCCAAAGCUGGAGUCAAUGAUUUUGGUAUCACACUCUCUGAUAGAGCAAAACUCUACAUUAAUCACUUAUUCUAUCAGAUGAACAACUAUACAAUAGAUGUGAGUAAAUCACUAAUACAAUUUUUUGAUUCUUCUCUUGUAGCCAAAUAUGAGAAUUGUUCCAAACUCAGAGUUAUUGUAACUAGUUUGGAAAAAGCAAAACAUGAUGUGGGUGUGUUAAUCCACUCAGUUAACAUUUCACAUAAUCCCCAUGAGGUUGCAGAUGCUCUUCAGAAAUUCAUGUAUGAUGUUGGGGUGAAUACUUGCAGCAAUGAUGCAUUUGAAAAGAUGAAACAGCUCAGCUAUUCCCUGAGUGGUCUAGAGAGUGUGGGUGGUGGGGGUUUCUAUACCAUUGAUAGAUGGGUAGCAUCUCUGUAUGAUUUUGAGCGCAUUGUAAAGAAUGAGCUGGACUUCCAUAUCAUGCUUGGUGUGUUGUUUGAGAAGCUCACUGACUAUUCUGCUCUCAAUGUGGAUUUCUAUAGAGGUAUCAGUUCUGUAUUGAGUAGGCACAAUAGACAUAGAAUAGUUACAAAACACAACUAUGGGCCUCUGAUGCAGCAUUUGAGUUUGAACCAGUUUGCUGGUUUGAAAAUGAAUGAAUACCAUCUCAAUGAGCUCAAUUCUAUGUAUGUAAAAGCAAAAGAAUAUAUUCAACACCCAACAUAUUUUUGCUGGGGCAGCAUGUUUUUGAUUGUUGGUGAUUUUUUAUUGCUGAAAGUGUUGAGUGGAAACAGAAUGUGUCCAGAUGCUACAACAAUUGCACUACUAGCGACCAACCGAAUCUACAUUGACACCAAUGUGGAUUUGGGUGGCAGGAAUUUGAUGAUCAUUGCACCAGAGUGGCAUGUGCUCGGGAGGUUUGUGAUCAGUCUUGACGGUGCAUCACAAGGUUCAGCACAGCAUAAAGCCCCCAAUGGACAAGUUGGUGAUGACGGAAGACCUGGACAGUCAGCUGGUAAUUUCAUUGGAGUAGUACUCCAUUAUGUGAACAGUCAUCAGUUAACAAUCACUGCAAAUGGUAGCAAUGGACAAAAUGGGCAAGAUGGAGGUGAUGGUAUAGAUGGCAAAGAUGGCAAAAAUGCAAGUGAUGAUGGAGAGAAGCAACUGAUAGAAGAGGAACAUGGAGGUAUAUUCAUCAGAACCGUCAUUAAAAGUUACUUAGUCAAAGCAGACAAUAAAGGUACAAGGGGCAGUGAUGCAGGAAUGGGAGGUGCAGGAGGUGCAGGAGGACUCAAGGGCCGCAUAGAGAUUCACAGUUUGAAACCACAGAUUUCUCAUCGCAGCAAACUUGUCAUGCUCAAUGGUACUGAGGGGAAACAUGGAGUGAACGGUAUCCCUGGAAAGGGUGGUGUUCUAGGGUGUGACGCCAUCAUACAUAAAAAAACAACUACCAAUAUAGUAAUUUGGGAAAAUUAUGAUACAGAGAUAGAAUUAAUCGACUGCAGGGACCGUAGAAACACCGAUGGAAAGGUUGUGUGGAAAGUGGCAGGAUACAGAGAGAAACCAUCAGCUGUUCCAGCACCUCCAUCAAUCUGUAAACUUUAUGCAGAAAUGACAGAUCGAUUUGAGUCAGACAAGUUCUAUAAUGAUUUUAUUGAUGAGUUCCAGCAGACCUUCAUUGAUAAGUUCAUU